UUCAAACCAUGUGAAAAAAAAGAAUCUUCGCAAAAUCUGGUCCAAAUUUAAAACACUGUUGUCAAGAAGAGAAACCAAAAGCAAAAUCGCAUCGAAUAAUUUGUCUCAAAAUUUAAACUCGAAAAAUAUAAAAUCUCGUGGCUUUCCAACACAACAUUCUGUAAAAUUUGAUAAAAGUUCUGGGGAACAAAAACUGGGGAAAUUUGGAGAAAGUGAGUCAAGGAAAAGAAGGAAGAUGUCGCGCGAAGCGACUACCGCGAGGCAGAAAAUGCUUCUGCUGGUCAUGUCAAUCAUGGUCCUGCAAAUUCCAGGCGUUGAUUCGACACUGUCAUACACAAUAACGAGCUUGGGUGAAACGUUUGUGAACGUGACACUAUAUUCGGACUUCGUAAACGCCGGAAACACGCCAGCGGGAACCCAGUUCUUCUUGGGAGAAACAUUCUGCUCUUCGAAUUUGGAUCCCAGUUGCACGAACAACCCACCCGCUGAAGUGUCCAACGGCUCUGCCUACCCGCCUGAGUUCUUCGAUUCCAACAUGCUUCCGGGAAUGCCGUACAACUUCCAAGUGCAGGGCAUCUACACGAAUUUCAGCUCCAAUGACAUCUCACAAGUGACUGUAAUCGUCUGCACCAAGUCUGUGGCCCCGGACUUGAGUGGCAAUGACUACACUUCGGAUGAUUCGACUGUAACAAUUAAUGGGUUCGUGACUUCUGUCACCGUGGCGAGUGGAGGUAUAACUCACUACGGAAUAGACAACAGCACUCUCAAUCCCACGAAAGCACCGUACGACGGCGACUUGACAAUAAUUAGUCUUGAUCCCUUUACGGCGUAUAAUUUUGCCGUUCAUGCCUACAACGAUCACUGUGGAACUAUGGUCCGCUCCGAUGCCACCUACAAUUUUACCGCCUGCACAGCUAUGUCUCGGCUAACUCUUACUGUGGCAGCUCGUGACACUUCCGGCAUUACUAUCACCAACGAUGCGCUCUGGGAUAAUUUGCGAAUCCUUGAGGUCGAUGGCAGCACUUCAACGGGCACUUUCAGCCCUCUCAAUUCAACCUCCGAUGUCCCUGUGACUGGCCUGGACUUCGGAACCAUGUACAACAUAAAAGCCACUGCCCAAGCAUCAAAAGUUGAAUGCCCCGGCAAAACACUCGAAAAUUGGGGCGAUGGCAACUUUUGCACAGCUACACGGCCUCCAGAACUUUCUGAUGUGAGUGUGGAUGCGACAACUGUCAACGCAGUUCUAAGUGGUUUCUCAACUUAUACGAGCCCGGGCGUAAACGGGACUACAAGCGGAUGGUUGUUGGAGACACUGGCAACUGGCACUGGAGAUGUGACCAACGGGACUCUAAGUAGUAAUCUCACCAUCAGUGGACUGUCGGCUGGGCAGAAGUACAACGCGUCCUUCAAAGGCUACCUUGAUGAUCACCCGGAGUGUGAAUCGGUCGCCACCAGUACCCUCACUUUUUGCACCGUUCCGAGCAACCCAAUUCUGACUGGAGCUGUGGUAACGACAACGUCCAGCGCCACUUUAAUCGGGUCAAUUGUGGAUGGCAACGGAGGCAACACUGGUGAAGCGAUCGGAAACUACAACAUAUCUGUAAUAGGGGGGACUUUCACCAGAGUUGAAGAAUCAACUGCUACUUUCAGCACUAGUAAUUACACCGCAUCGGCUUCUAGUGAAACAGAAGUAACUUUCAGAGUAUAUGUCACCAGCCAUGACGAUUGCAUCAACCGGGAGGUUUCUGAGUUGGUCAACAUCACCGUCACAACCGAUGCAAUAACAACAACCCCUGCUCCUACCCCGGCUCCUACAACAACACCAGCACCUCCUCCAACGGUCAGUGUAACAAUUGACGACCAGAAUACGACAAGUCUAACAAUUUCCUGCUCCGAUAUCACAGGAGCUCCUGAAUGUCCUGCUGGAACAACUGUAACCGGCGGUACGGCAGUUCCUGGAGUAUCAGGAGUAGUAGGAAUCACCGGUCUCACCCCUGGAACAGCAUAUACUGUUACAGCCCCGGACACCACACCCGAUACAGAUACGGGCUGCACUGUACCACUGCCGCCGACCAUCCCGGAUGGGGCUGUGAAUGCCACGAACGGCAGCAUUGCUAUUAAGGGGUCCGAUGACGCUGUCACUGUCACCUCAGGUGGAAUAACAGAAUAUGAAUUCGUGUCUAUCACUCCGAACGUGCCUCUCGGAACACCUCCAGGCCGGGUAGCCGUGGCGGCCGAUAUGGACAUCAGCACAGAAACUGCUGCAGAACUCACUGCAUCAACAGUCUACCGCAUUGUGUUCAAGUCAGUCUACAAAGACUCAUCUGCAUGCCCAUCUGGGUUCGAAAGUGCAGACUCUCCGGAAUAUAAAAUUUGCACCGCUCCGAAUAUUCCGAGCCUCAUACCGAAUAACACGCUCACUACAAACGACACUUCAAUCAGAAUUUCUUUGGACGAUUUGGGCAUAAACUACAAAGGCAGCAUGACGGUCACAGAAGUCCUGGACACCCCUACUGCAACUAUCGACCCACCAACUGAGUUUAGAGGAAAUGGCAAGAGCGCUCUGAUCUCGAACCUGGCAGCUGGAACCUUGUACAAAGUCCAGGUAGUCGAGGGGUUUGAUGAUGAUUUGAACUGUGACGUCAUAGCCCAAAGCUACCCGCAAACUUUCGACCUCUGCACGUCACCAGGAGCGGUGACUCUGGCCAAUCCCGGCACAAUCAUCACCACAACUUCGAUCACAAUUGACGGAGACAAAAUCUCGGUACCUGCUGUCAGCGGCACUGUGAACAAGACUGUCAUUAAUGAAUAUGGUAAUAGUACAGGACCGAUCAAUACUCAAGGUGGAACUGCAGUAGUUACAGGAAAUAAUAUGACUUUGAGCUCUCUGAACCCAGGAACAGCUUACAACAUAUCGAUUCAGAGUAUCAUCACGGGCUGUAUGAAUGGACCCACGACAGACCUACCUGGAGCGGAAUUGAAGAUCAUAGCAUGCACUGUGCCGGACACACCUGUAGUGACUGUUCAUUCGGUGGCUUCAGCAUAUUUCGAGGACAAAGUCAUCAUAGAGUCAGUUACGGUUGCUAGCGGUGGCUUCGAUACCUGGGGUGCCGGAGUCUCCCCAGUGGACUCAACGACUAAUUUGACAGGUCAAGAUCCCGCUGACGUUAACGUGAGUUUCACUGGUUUGACAGCUGGCUCUUCCUACACACUGGGCGUGGGUGUUGAAGUGUCCAGCCUCACCGAGUGCGGUGUUUCGGACACUGACGAACUUAAAAAUUACGCCCAAGUUACAGUUUGCACACUUCCGGCAGCGCCCAAUUUCACGGCUACCGAAGUUACACCAGUGAAUGCGACAACUAACAAUGUGGUAGUCGUGAAUGCCUCCAGCAACAGCGUGACUGUCAUAGAAGGAGCAAUUGACAUGUACAAACUCACUCAUGUUAAUGGGGUGGAUGUCGGUAGUGCUACAGUGACUGUGGACGUCAACCCCCAGGAAAUCGAUUCGGACAUGUCGAUCACAUUGGCGGCCUCUGGGACCAGUUACAAUCUCACAUUUUCGUCUGUGAAGGACCUCUGUUCGGCUAACCUAACGAGCACUUCAACCACACAAGUCACAGUUUGCACAGUGCCUGACCCGCCGACGAUCACCACGGCUGGAUCAGCUAUGACAAUGACAGCUACUGGCGCCGACAUCGUCGGGGCACAGUUCACUUUUGGCGGCGACACUUAUGUGGCCACUUCGCUAUCCCCAGACUCAGCACCCGCCUUCUCCUACACUAUCGCCACAAAUACGACGACUGACACGCCAAUAACCGGGUUGAGUGCUGGGACUUCGUAUACUCUGACGGUAGCAUCACUAAUCGGGACAUCAUCGCCAUGUGGUGGACUUACCCCUCUAAGCUCAACAAUCGAUGUCGUCUUUUGCACAGACCCGGGAACGAUAACUGUUACGACAGCAACGGUUAACGAGACAGAUAUCACUUUGACACUCUCUCCCAGCAGCACUUGGGACUCUUUCACAGCCACGGGAACACCAGCUAUACCAGUAACCGCCAGUAUUACAUCUGCUUCCCACACAGUCACAGGGCUGACGCCUGGAACCGAGUACAAUUUCACAAUUGUGGCCGAAAUCGGCUCCAGUUCCACCUGCACCGUCGGAACCAACACCCCCACAACUGUCAGGGACAAUUAUGCGUGCACAAAACCUGAAGCUCCAGUGUUCGAUGGCACUGCAUAUCACACUGCAACAACUGACACUCUGUACAUCAAUGCGAACGGGGUGGCGGUUUCAGUGAGUAGCGGAGGAAUCGAUCACUAUUCCCUGGAUUCCAGUAGUCCGAGUCACUCUUGCGGCGCCGCAAAAAGACAGAGAAGAAGUGCCGGUUGCGACGAGUGGGUGGAGCUUACGGACAGCGUAAACAUCACCGGACUCACGCCAGGGACCAGUUACAAUGCGACAUUUAAAAGCAGCAUCAACACUACCAGUUGUGUUGAUUUCGAGAGUGACCUUACAACUACUUUGACAGACCUUUGCACCGUGCCAGUCGCUCCGACAAUAUCUGCGAAUGCUCUCUCGGCUGACAACGGAACUAUCACUGUCUACUUCAGCGAAGUGACCGCCGCCACUGGCUCACGUGAUCACAUCGAGGUCAUCGCUCUCACUCCCGACUUGACACCUACUGCAUACACAAGUGCGGGUUCAUCUGGGGACAACAUCACCAUCAGUGGGUUAACGCCCGGAACCAAUUACACCAUGACAGUCCAGAACCUCUUGGGCGUUGCAGGCGGAACAACAUGCACAUCUACGAUGGACGAUGGCACCACUAACGUUCUGAAAAGUGACCCUGUUAAUGUAACCGGAUGCACAUACCCCGCACAUCCUACUAUCACGACAGUAGGACAUAACUCGACAACAAUCACAGUCACCGUUGCGAUUCCUGGCAACUUCGACUCCUGGAACACUUCGAUCGUCGGCGACUCAAGCUCAACAACAGCCUCUCCCGAAUAUGACAACACCACUCUCACUCACACUUUCAGCUCGGAUCUGUCUUAUGGAAACACUUAUGCACUUACAGUAACAGUUGCGGUGGGUUCUGAAAGCGGCACUGAUUGCGGCGACAUGGGCUUGCUGGAGACGACAAUCACACUAAACGCAGAAACUGGCUGCGACCCUCCACCACCUGUCGAUGCGUCUUCUACUGUUCUCAACUGGACGGCAAGCAAUGAUUCAAUUACGUUUCUGGGCUCCACGUACAAAAUAGCUGGUGGAAGUGCAAUUGGUGGCCAGUUCGAUGUCGAAAGUCCUGCUGUAGCCGCUGGUGCUGGAAACGACGCUAUCACGACCGAUGGACCUGCGGCUAGCAGUGCAGACCUAACCGUGAGUGGUUUGGCGUUCCCGGGAGUUGUGUACACUUUCAGUGUUUUCCAGAAUUAUACAACCGAAACAGAUCCCUACUGUGCAGGCGCUUCCAGCUUUGCUACUAUCACCACCUGCACAGUGCCGAACUUGCCCGAGGAGGUUGAUGUGGUGAUGAACAACCCCAAGACCGAUCCCGGAACCUUGAGUGUGUUCGCUGCAGGUGUGAACACUGGCGGAACUUACGACCACUUCGACAUGAUAUUUGAACCGAAACAAGAUGCGAACGGGAAGGCGUGUCCGGACUCGAGUAACCACACCAGAAAUGAUGUGUAUGAGAGUGCCAGUGACGUAUUUGGGCUGAUGCCCGGCUGUGUUUACACUCUCCACUACACGGCCACUUGUGUGUCAGGAACCAGAAACGAGACAUCCCCUGUCGCAACUGCAGUUAAAGACGGAUGUGCAGUUCCUAACGAGGGCUUGACCAACUACACCGGAACCGCCCUCAGCACAACGCAGGUACUGGUGAAUGGACUAGGCGGGAAGAAUGGAACUUUCCAAACUCUCGAUCUCUUUUUCCGCCCGCAUCUAGGCUGCGGUGGAGCCGAAGUAGAACUUCUGGACGUCAAUGCCAGCUCCGUAAAUUCCACGGCCAAUUUAAUACCGGGCUGUCCGUACACAAUACGCUAUUACCUUAAAUGCUUCCAUGAAAACUAUGCUACGGACGUGAUAGGACCAAGCACUACGAACGACGAUAUAAAGAUCUGCCCGUAUCCCACAAAUCCGAAGGCCAGCCUCUUCUCGAAUACAUCGUUUGUCGGCUACAUGACAAACUUUGGAGUCGAGCCUGAUGGUUACUAUGAGUAUGCCAGGUACAAUCUCAGUGCAGACGACACAAGUUACUGCACGGGAUCCGCAACCGGAAAUUUGUCCAGAUCCGACACCACAUUUAAUUUUAAUGGAUUGGCUGCCGGCUGUCAAUAUGACCUGGCAUUUGAAGCAUUCUGUUCAAAUGUCAGCAGCAGCUCAAACUAUGUCCUUUGCACACUGCCUAACGGCCCAGCCAACAUUGCACAGAACAUUUCGGCAACAACUUGGGACUCAAUGCCACUCACGUGGACCGUGCCAACUGAGGGAUAUGCCGAGGUGUACCAGAUUAAAAUAGACGGGACAACCCCCCUAGAGAAUGUUUCAUCCACUUCCUUUGUUGGAUCUUCAAAUUUUUCAUCAACGACAUUCCUGUAUGAGUUCAGAUCGGGUUUUGAAGAUUGCAACGCCUUAGUUGGUGACUUAUCCGCAAUCAAGGUCUACGGAGACUGGGCCACCCAGAACACAUCAUUUCUUGUCCAUUCUGCUCCUUUUCCGCCAAUUCUGCGUGCAACUGCAGUUGACAGCACAAGUAUCUUCUUGCAGUACAAAUUGAACUCCAGCGAUCUUUUCAAAGGCGUCAACAUUAGUUUACACUACGACGACGAGAGCGACCUGAACACUACACACGACCAAACGUUCGACGGGACCGAAUGGAACUACGUGACUGAUUUGGGACUGAAACCUCAGACAGAGUACACAUUCAAAGCCUACGCUUAUUGGAAGGAAGGCGUGACGUCAGAAGUUUCAGAAGUCACAGUCUGCACAUACCCCGAGAAGCCUGAGAACUGCUUUUUUGGCCAGUUGGAGGUGGACUCACUGGAACUUAAUUGUGAUUCCCCCCAUGCAAGUGGUUUCGUGUCCACUGGCUAUUUGGUGACGCUGAUGGGGUCCACCCGCAGCACCUCCACUAUGCCCUACAACAUCACCUCUCUAUCUGCAGCCUCAACUUACAUGAUCAGUGUCCGCACCACUUUCCUCUGCACAGCGACAGGUCAAGUGAUGAAUAGUGCGGAUGAGUUGUUCACAGUGACAACCCUUCCCAACCCGGGAAGCAUCACGAGCAUAGUGUCCACCACAGAUACCCUCACAGUUGCACUGGACAACGGAAACCCAAACAUACCACCAGACGCAGAGGAACUACACAUACAGGUUUGGAAGGGUUCCUGCGGGUUGUGUAUCUUUCCUUUCAUUGAUGAUCAAAAUUCCUGGAGAGAUCCGACCGAAUUGCAGUACGAGUGUCUUCCAUUUCCUAGUGGCCACAGAUGCGCUGGUGCUGUGAACGCUGACCAAACUGUUUCCACUUGGAUUGCAUGUCCGUCAGAUUGCGCCAAAAAAUGUGGUCCGAAUUAUGCAGUGGCACCGGAGUGUGAAUUCCCAUCAACUUUUCACAGACGAAAAUACUACACCUGCACCGGGUACAACCCUUACCUGUGGUGGGAUGCUCCGACUUUGGGUCGGUACAGCCAGUUCUACGUUGAUAUUCCUGAGUUAGGAGUGAGCCGUGAUGUCAAGACAAUGCAAACUGCUACAAUUAGUGCUACCUACAGCGCGCAACCGGAGACCUGCUACGCAGUUUUUGUAUCAACUUUUGUCAAUUGCUAUGACAUCCUUGGUACGACAACCACCGAAAACGUCACAGGGGAUGCAACAAGCCUUAGAACAUGUACAGCUCCACAAACUCCGACAAUGACAUUGACACCUGUAGCCUCUGACGACAUUCUUGUGAGCAUCUAUGGACAAUACGACAUGGUUUAUGAAGACUACAAAGGGAAGAUCUCUUCAGAAAAUUUAGCCAUGAUAGGCAAUUUCUCAUCAGAAGGUGCGCAUCUUAGUUUGAAGGAUAUAUCUGUGACCUUGCAACCAGCCUCUGCUUACAUCGUGCAUACCCAGGUCAAGAGAUAUGGACAUUGGUCAGAUCAGACUUCCCUAUGGGACUGCACGUUGCCGGCUCACCCGACAGGUUUCUCAGUCUCCUCUUGCGACCUGAACUCCAUCACUGUAAGUUGGGAUAGUGACACUUCUGACGGCUACAGUGUGCGCAACAUCGGCUACGAGGACUGGGCGAAUCAGACCACGACCACCAAGACCUUCACUGGACUCAAUCCAGGCACUCCUCACAGCCUCGAACUUGAGUCAUUUUUUCUCUGCAAUUACACUGGAAAGUAUUAUUUCUCGGGUGUGGUCGCAACCACCCAAUUCACUGCGCCCAAGACACCAGUGAUCGAGGUGAGGAACUCGGCUGCAAACGCUAAGAGGAUCACGAUCUCGUUCACAAACUACAACUCCAACUACAGGGUGUCUGUGUAUAGAGACGGUUCAGUCGUCGAGUCCAACAUUCGGUCCGGAUCUACGGUGGACAUCGUAGAUGACUUCGCUACCACGUACGCCUAUCAUGUGAUGUACAGUCUGAGCAAAGCGGCGCCUGCAUGUGCAGACAGCGCCAACUCAUCGGUCAUUCAAAUUUGCACCUACCCCGACAAGGUCAAAAACGUGGGCUAUUCUGUGACCAAUUCAACGUGGACAAUGGUCACUUGGGACCCCUUGCCAGGUGUAACAGGAUACAAGUGGUAUGUGCAGGGUUCAGGGACAGUCGGCGACGUCGGGACGGACACUCACGUGAACAUCACUCACUUGGCACCCUCCGAGACCUACUUUGUGAAUGUCAUUUCCUAUUACACGUGUUCUGCCACCGGAGAAACUCUAGAGAGUAUACCAGCUGGCACACUUGUGAAGACUAUGCCGAGGUCGGUGACCUUGGCGACCCUGCCCCUCUCCCCGACUUCAAUUCUGCUGACGGUGAACACCACCGACCAGGUCACCAACAUCACCAUCUCUCGCAACGACGGAACCGUGAUCGCAACGGACCUGAAGAACGGUGACUCACACAUAGACUCCGGCAGAACUCCAGGUACGACUUACGUGUAUGUGGCACACGGCUACAACAACGAGAUCCAAGGAGACGAGACUGAUCUGACGCCGGCCUGUAGUCUGCCAGCGAAGCCGACCAAUGUGGCAGUGAAUGGGUCAACCACCACUUCCAUCACAGUUACAUACGACACCACUGGAGAAGUUACAUCGGUAGAGGGCAGACUGGCAACGGGGACGUUUGGGACUGCGGACUCGUCAAGCAGCCACGAAUUCACUGGUCUCUCCCCGUCUUCUUCUUACGCAAUGAUCGUGAGAGCCACUCUGGACUGUCCCUUCCCCACAGAGACCCUCUACAGCCCAACUGCUGAUACAAUUCAAGGAUCCACUUAUCCAGUCGCACCCACCAUCCUAAAGGCCGAACCUUACAGUACGACUAAGAUUCAACUCGAGUUCGUUCGAAACAGCAUCCACACUUAUACUAUCUCGGUGGACGGGGGACCCGAGGUACCGACGAAUGCCCAGCCAACCAUGACCAUCAGAUCCCUGUCACCAGGAACUCAAUACAGCUUCGAACUCUUCGCCACCCGUGCGACCCUGAAAAGUGCCGCUAGUACUUCGAUUUCGGCGUGUACCUACCAACUUGCACCGAUUGACUUCGAAUACACAUUGGUGGACGGAGUCACGGCAACGUUGACCUGGUCGAAUGCGGCGGACGUCGGCAGGAUUGACAGCUAUGUCGUCGACUCCCUCGGUACCUCUCCAAUUCCAGUGGCGAGUGCUGCGACGCUGGAACUGAACGUGUCGCUAACCGAACUGGCUACCGACGAGUACUCCAUCUACUCGAUUCAAAACUGCCCUAGUUCCGGGGAUCUGAAUUCGGACAAAGUGUAUCUGGAAGUCCAAGCUGGCAUCGAUACUUUCAACAUGUCAAUGGAUGGGAGACGCUCCUACAAGACCUCGGAGUUCAGUGUCGACAAAGGAAAUGCGCUGACUAAAUACACGAUCACGAGCAACAAUUUCGGCUUUGUGGCUAAUCGCACGUUCGACUCUAUGCCCUACGUGUUCGACUUCGGCAGUUGUGCGGCUGAAGACUGUCUGCAGAUCCAGGCAUUCGUGGGCCAGUGGAAUGGGAACUCGUUGAAUGGACCCAUCUGCGACUGUGCUAAGCCCUGUCCAGUGAGUGACUUGAACUUCACAUUGAUCCACCCAGUGGCAGUUCUCAUGCAGUUCGACAACAGUGUCAAUCCGUCAGGAGUGACAUACGAAUUCAGACACAACUUCGACAUGACAUGGCAAAACAUAGGCUCUACGUCACAGUUCAACAUCACAGACCUCCCCCCCUCAUCUGUGGUCACUUUAGAGGUGCGAGCAACAUUCGACUGUCCCGCAACUAGUGAGACUCUGGUGUCGCCUGGCGUGACUGACGAGGUCAGGACUGGCCCCUCGGCCGGGAGUGUCACCAGCAUGAUCACCCAGGACAUCGCCGGAGAUGUCGGCAGAGUCGAGAUCCAAUUCGAGCCAGCUGAAGGAGAGGACAACCCCGCGAUGAGGUACACACUAUGGUGUCGACAACAAUACUUCAUGAACAACUCAUGGUCCAACUGGUUCAUAGUGGAGGAAAAUCUGACGGACAACAGGUCCCCCUUCCCGAUGGACUUCGACGAUGCAUCCACAGUGUACCAGUGCUCCGUCACCACACACUUGCAUGGUCACUCAACCGACAACUUCCAAGAACGCAUAUUCGCAUGCACAAGACCUGCAAGACCCAUUGACAUGGAGUGGGUGGACAAUGGAUUUGACUGGAUCAGCUACAAGUGGGACCACGUGAUCCCCUCCAUUUUCACGGGAGGACAGACCUGCUUCCAAGUGUGGUACCAGAACUUCGCCAAACUUGACAACGAACAGACUCGAUCGAAACGAUUUGAUGGCUUGGCAACUCCCAUUUCUCCCUACCUGAUGAGUGCGAGGGCGUUCCAGGUGUGUGCGGUGUACAGCAGCACCUGGCAGCCAUUCAAGGACUGUACCAACGACACAGUCACCUCUGACGUCAUAUUCGCCCAGAGGCCUCUGCUGUACAGCGACUUCACACAGGUGGAGGCCUGGACGAGUCCCUCUAAGCCGAACAUCAACGGGGGCGAACUGGUCGACUGCAACAAGGUCAAUGUCACCAUGACCUCGUUCGAUGUGGAGAAUGGAGUGGAGUACCAACUGAAAAGGGAUGGGGAAAUAAUCAAGAUAGACCCCUACAGAUUCUACAUAGACGAUGGACCCCUUGAGUAUGGGAUGCACUACACAUACAUGAUAUCCGCAGUCAUAGUCACCGACACUGGGGCCACCCUUCGCACUGACAGCGACCUUGUACACAUGUGCACCUGUCCUCGGGCGCCUUUGUCUCUGGACCGGGACACCUAUGACCCCUACUCUCUGAACAUGAGCUGGGUGGAAUCGGUGAAUGUUCACCCUGAGAUGGAAGCGUUCUUCGACAACAACACAUACCAAUUCUGGUACGAGAUCCAAUACAACUACACUAACAGCAGCGGUGCCUUCAUUGAAUCAGACACGAUGAACACCACUACCACAUACACCCACCACGUGACUGGACUCCCAGGACCCUCUGAUGCCCUGGAUGUGAGUCUGGUGGCAGUCCUCGACUGCAAAACUUCUCAGGGCAGAGUCAAUUCUUUCAACCAGGGCAACAUAAUGGCGUAUACACGGCCGUAUACGAUGGCGAUGAACGGAAAUGCUUCCGGCUGCGUGGACGAAAACACAAUCCGCGCCUGUGUUGACCUGAAUGGAAACAUUGACCCCAGUCGUCUCCACUUCUACUCUGGACCAGCCAACUCUCCCUCUGCGCCCCUGGAUGUGGAGUUCGCGGUGAACACAGACUACAACGACCAGUGUGCGGAGAGGACUGGUUUGAAUCCGGGCUCCUACUACAACUUCACUGGAACAGCGGAGAAGUACUUGCUGGAGGGUGACAAGUUCGAGCCAUUCCAGAUGUGCACAUGUCCUGGUCAAGCCGAGUCGAUCAGUGUUGCGGGUGUGUCGGAGACUGAAUUGAAUGUGUCCUGGUCUGGACCUUCUCAAGGCGCAAUGGACCGCUUCAUCUACCAGAGAAACUCCGACUCUGAAAUCACUCUCGCCAGCACCAUUACUCACAAAAUCCAUGAUGGAUACACAGCUGGUACUCGGUACACUCUAAAUGUGACCAUCACUACCGACUUCAUGUGUCAGAGGAGUGAUGGACCCGAACUGCUCGUGGGCACAUCCAAGACUGUCGAACUCACCGCCUGCACAUUGCCUUCUCAGCCAACAGUGACAGCGACUUACUUGAGCGACACACAGGUGGAGUUGAACUUCACCCAACCGAUAGGAACAGUGGACUACUACAUCCUCACCUCAGACCCAGAGAUGAUAGACCCAGUCUACUCGAACAUUGGAUCCAGUCUGGGGGAGGGUAAAGUGGUGGGACCAGAUAAUGUACAGCUGCUCAACCUGGAGAUAUACAGGGCAUACACAUUCAUCGCGAUUCCCGUGUUCUGUGGACAGUACGGACUGGAGAACCACAGAGUAUGGAGGGUGGAGAAGCCAGCUGAUGAGAUCAUGUUCAUGAAUAUGGAGCCAAUGGUGGCAUUGUUUGUGCUGUUCGCGUGUGGAGUGGGGGCCACCGCCAUCUUCUUCAUCCUCUUCUUCGUGGGCGCCAAGAUCCUGUUCGCCGCCAAAGCACCUGCCGCCGCAACAGCCGUGGGAGCAUCACAAGGCGCGCCACCCGCAGAUCUUCCGCCGGAGGAGAGAGCUAACUGGCGCUUCAACCGGACAUACGAGCUCAGGUCUGACUACAACGUGCUCAGACUCAUGUUCCAGGGAGGACAACAGGGCUAAUGACCGCCAGAAGAGGUCAAGGACAAGACAUAAUACACACGUGACUCAAUAAAUGAAAGAGGUCAAAUUGAUUGAACCUAAGAAAGCCGCCAUUCUGAAUAUGACUCAUACUUAUUUUUGAUAAAUCUGAAAAUCUUUUUUGAAGAUGACCAAUAGACGCUGAUUCUGAAGUCACGAUGAUGUCAAGACAAAUUAGUGUCUUCUGGAACAUUGUACAUAAAAAUCAUUGUUAUUAUAUUAUAUGCUAUUUACUAUAUAUUAUAUGACAUCGUUACAAGACUCUACCGUUAAUUUCUAAAUGAUUUUUAAAAUUAAAUUUUGAAGCAAAACUGAAAAUUAUCAAAAAAGUAUGUAAAUACAUGAGUUAUUUGAACCAAAUCCCAAGGGUAUUUUUGAUUUU